CAACUGUCAAAUGGUCAAUUUUUUUUGUAUUUUCAUAUUUUGGCACAACACGAGUAAACAUUUUUCAUUAUUUUAGGCGAAAUGAACCUAAAUUGGAGGAAAUAUAUUCUUUGGUUUGCACAAGAGCAUGUAGAUUUCCGAGCUGCAGAAAUCGAAUCUAUUGUCAAGUUGUUUGACCUAAAAUUCAAUAAACUUUGUGAAGAUUCUUUGAAACCCUAUUGGAUUGUCGAACUACCAAAUGAAGAAACUGCCAUUAAACUUGCUUCCCGAUCUGUUUUACUUCGAUGCAUUCUAGAACUUUGGUCACACUCUACAUGUUUGCCAGAAUUCCACAAGAAUCUUCGUCAGUAUGUUUCUCAAAAAGAAAACAACACUGAUCAAUAUUUUCAAAAUGAUCGAACAUUUAAAAUAAACAUUGAAACAUACAACAAACAUUUUACCCAAAAAGAAAAAGUCGAAAAAAUCGAAACUUUUGAUUAUCUUCCUUUGGAAGGUCAGGUGGAUUUGAAAAACCCAAAUGUUGAAUGGUGGAAUAUUGAAUUUUAUGGUUUAAAUCCUCAAGAAGUUCCAGAUCAACCAGAUGAUGUAUUCUUUGGCCGAUUGGUGGCUAAUGGACAACGUCACUUGAUCAAGGAGUUCUCAUUAAAGAAGAGGAAAUUCAUUGGCAACACAAGUAUGGACGCACAAUUGAGUCUAUUAAUGGCCAAUCAGGCGAAGGUGCAGCCAGGUGACUUAGUUUUUGAUCCAUUUGUUGGAACUGGCUCAUUACUUGUUAGUGCAGCAAAGUUUGGAGGCUUUGUAAUGGGAGCUGAUAUAGAUUACAUGAUGCUUCAUGCGAGAGCUCGUCCAAGUCGAAUCACACAAAAAGUUCGAGAAAAGGAUGAAAGCAUUUGGGCCAAUCUAAAGCAAUAUGGUUGCGAAAAGUUAUACAUCGAUGUUGUGGUGUCUGACUUUUCAAAUCCACUUUGGCGAGAUGCCAUCAAGUUCGACAGCAUUAUAACAGAUCCUCCCUAUGGCAUUCGAGAAUCGAUUGAAAAAAUAGAAACAAAGACAUCCAAUAAACAACUGGCACGAAAUGAAGAUGUUCCACACUAUCCCUCCACCUCGCAAUAUGCUUUGCAAGAUUUGUUUUCAGAUUUGCUUUCCUUUGCUGCGAAACACCUCCGAAUGGAUGGAAGACUGGUUUGUUGGGUUCCAUUUCAUCGAGAAGACUAUUCAAAAGAACUCCUGCCACGAUCUAAGCACUUGGAACUUGUGGCAAAUUCAGAGCAACCUCUAACUGGCCAAACAAGUCGAAGACUUUUGACAUACCAAAAGAUAUCAGAACCAAUGGACGAUAGUAGCCCCGAAACUGAAUUAAUAGAAUUCCGAGAACGUUAUUUCGAUAGUGGAAUAGAAUCAAGGACAGAGCGGAGGACCCGUAGAGCUGAGUUACGUGAAAUAGGUCGACAAGAAGCUCUAAAAAGAGGUAAAGUACUAAAAAAGGAUGCAAAAACACACAAAACUGAAUUGAAUAAAAAUCGUAGAGCAAAUUUAUAAGGUAAA